AUGUUACUGAGCCUGAUAAACCCCCCCAAAUGCUGCUUGGAGAUUCUUCCUCGGAGUCUAAAGUCGUGUUGCCUUAAUGCCAAGACAAAUAACCGCAAGAAUGAACCAAAGCUGCAGGCUGCGCGAGUUGUUUUCACGCUAAAUGACCACAACGUCACACACUGUAUUUCAGACAGUAAAGAGCAGACGGCGUUAGUCUGUUUCGUAAGAGAGGUGCUGCAGUACCGUGAGUCUAGGGACCCUAAAGUCUCCGGGGCAGGGGUAGUGGUCAAGACUGGCAGGAAAUGGAGGGCAGAGGCAGCAGUAGACCAGGCAGAGUCACGGCUGCACCAUGGUGUUCUGGUGGGAGCAGUGGCCAGAGGAAGGGCUGGGCUAGGAACCUUUCAAGGGCCCCAGUUCGACAAGGCUCGGGGGAAGGAGCGGAGGCAGUUAGUUCAAGGUGAGGUGAGGGCUGCGGUGGAGGAGGAAAGGUCCAGCAAAGCAGUGGGAAUGGCACGUCAGGGUGCCUGGACUAGAUGGGAACAAGCUGUGGAGAGGAAGAUCACCUGGGCUGACCUUUGGCGGGCAGAGCCACACCGCAUCAAGUUCCUGGUGCAGGCAGUCUAUGACGUCCUCCCCAGUCCAUCCAACCUGUACACCUGGGGUCUGGUCGAUACACCAGGAUGCGUCUUGUGCCAGAGAAAGGGAACUCUUGAGCAUAUCUUGAGCUGCUGCCCAAGAGCUUUGGGGGAAGGCCGGUAUCGCUGGAGGCAUGACCAGGUGCUUAAAACAAUUGCAGAGAACAUCCAGGCUACUAUCAACAACUGCUGGAAGUCAAAGCACCCCAAGCAAACCAUCAGCUUCAUCAGGGCUGGAGAGAAACCAGAAAGAUCUGCCAGGGUAACAUCAGGGCUUCUGAACACCGCACAGGAUUGGCAGCUGAAAGUGGACUUGUGUAGACAACUUAAGUUCCCCCAGCAUGUCGUCAAUACCACCUUGAGACCUGACAUUGUCUUGGUAUCUGAGGGAACAAAGAACCUGGUCAUGUUGGAGCUCACUGUGCCAUGGGAGGACCGAAUGGAGGAAGCUUUUGAGCGGAAGAGGGCGAAAUAUGAAGGCCUCGUCAACGACUGCCAUAACCAAGGCUGGAAGGCAAGGUGCUUACCUGUGGAGGUGGGGUGCAGAGGCUUUGCAGGGCAGUCCCUCUACAGGGCCUACACUGCACUCGGGAUCACGGGUGAGAGAAGGAGGGCUAUCUGUAAUAGCACAGAGGCUGCAGAGAAGGCUUCGAGGUGGCUCUGGAUCAAAAGAGCAGAUCCGUGGACAAAUGCUGCUAGGGCACAAGCUGAGGCAUGAUCAACCUCAGUUGGGUCACCUGAAGGAGGGUGUCUGAUGUUUCGAAAGACCCGAAACACCCAAUGAGAUCAGGAACAUCACUGAUGAUGUGCCCUAGCUUA